AUGGACCGGACUCACAGCGGUUCAGACUCGUUGCAUUCGGCCGCAGUGGACGGCUCCUGGACGAUGAACGCACUGGGCAUUCAUGCGAACCACGAAGCCUACUAUCCGGCAUUCCCAACCCAUAGUCCCCGAGUGAGUGAGCCAUCAACAGAGCUAUCGUCAAGCCACAUGCCCUCGCCACAACCCCGACGCAUGUACACACCGAUCGCUCCUCUACCCUUGGAGACACCUCGUUCGCACGGAACCAAGCGACAGAGGGAAGACGACGAAGAAGAAGAGCCCAAGCGAAGAAAGCGAUCCGACUCACAGAUAUCGUCCCAGUUUGAGCUCAGUGAGGAAGACCGUCUACUUCUUCGGCUCAAAGAGGAAGAGCACAUGCCUUGGAAGGACAUCGCAGCACGCUUUGUCAAAGACUUCGGCAGGCAGUACCAAAUACCCGCACUGCAGAUGCGUAUCAAGCGACUAAAAGAACGGAUGCGUCAGUGGACUGAAGUAGACGUCCAAGCACUGCGCAAAGCCCAUGACUACUGGGUGCAAAACAAGUUCGACAUCAUCGCGCAAAAGAUGCUCGAUUACGGCGCAGAAGAAAAAUGGACUGCACGCCAAUGCUCUCGCAAAUGGCAAGAGAUCGAUCCAACACCCAUACCCUACACGCAAUUCGACCACCACGUCCAGCACGUCCAGCAAGGCUUUGCACCCUACGCGAUGAGCCCCAUCGAGCCCACACCCAUGAACUUCCCUCCCUUCCUGCACCAGCACCAUACCACCUAG